AUGAGUUUUGGCGAUUCCUCUUUCCUCCCUCUGCGCUUCAACUUCUCCACCACACCAUGUGAAGGCCAACUGAUCGCAAAAUUUACCACCCCUGCGGAGGUCCCCAAUGGGGAAGCAGAUAUCUUUUGGCAAUGCGCCGGACUGGCUCCAUACUGCUAUCAGGCGAAUAUAACGAAUGGCACAUCUGAUCCUACCAUGCAGCUUGAUAGGGAGGCACAAGUUGGAUGCAUUAACGAGGUACUCAGAACAACCAGUGUCCUUGUUGUCAAAACCAUGUCCACUCGUACAACAACCGAAACUGCAGUGUCAGUCUUUACCUGGACAACGACUAGUUUCCCUAGAUCACAGGAGACAUCACCCACAGUCACACUCCCGUCCCAGUCAUGGGUCACUUCUGGGGUGGCAACACCAUCAUCUACAGUGAUGAACAAGGAUCCAACGGGGACGGACACAACAGCCGCCCGGGCUCCGGCUGCUGACUCCGUUCGAGUGGAGAUCCCCCGGUCCGAUAUGAUCGGAAGAACUGUUAGAACCACAUCUCCCUUGCCUGUGACAACAGACACAGUCUUUGACAGUGGCGCUUCCAAGGUCACCACCCCUCUUGUCACCUCUGCGGUGACUACAUUUUUGACGACGACACUAUUGCGGACCGUAACGGUUAGUUGCGCAGCAGGGAGCGCAACAGGGAAGGCAUAA